AUGGGCUGGGUCGGGGUCGCCACACUCAUUGCAACAGCAUGCUUUUUGCUGUACCGCUAUCCCCCCGGAACCUGGGCUCCUGAGCCCCCGGCAUCCAAACCACUCCCGAAACCCGUCAAACCCCCUGCGACAGAGGAGAUACCAGUCAAAGGCGAAGCAAAGCCCCCUAACGAUGAAGAUGAUGCUGCGAGCGACACCCAGACCACUCCCAAGGCAGUUCCAUCCAGCGCCCCUGCGCUGGAAGUACCCUCUUUUCGACUUGACGACAGCGCCGAUCAAUCCCGCCCCUCAGUACCGCAAAUCCAGACCAGCGCUCAAACUCAAACCACGAUGAAACCACCAUCUCAACCCCUAACUCAGACGAAGAUGGCAGACAGCACUCUUAUGCCUCCCCCACCCCCACCACAGCAAUCGAACCCCGCAAAGAGCUCCUCCCUUAUGCCUCCUCCGGCCCCGCCGCGUCUCCGUCCGAUCGCAUCGCAGACUACUUCUGCGCCCUCCCUCGCAUCGGGGCGAUAUCCCCCACGCCCGAAUAAUACCACGAGCUCGAGCUCGUUGCGCCCACCACCCUCCGCUGCUGCUUCCCUGCGCGCCCCGCCGAGCAGCGGCCUCUCGAGCAGCACGCUCGCCCCGACGAAGGUGACCAAACCAUCUAGCUCUUCGAAACGAGCGGUCCUCGAACCGGGAUACUCGCCGUUAGACUGGGCGGCCUUGACAUCCAACCCAAACAACAAGUUGCGGGGAGAGAACCUCCCCCCGACACUGAUCCGAGUAACGCCUUCGAUGCUGAAAGCACAGAAUGGCCGCAAGGGCAUGGACGCGUGGACAUCCUACCAGGGAAAAGUCUACAACAUCACACCGUACCUCCCCUUUCACCCCGGCGGCCGGGGAGAGCUUCUCCGCGGCGCGGGCAAAGACUCAGGGAAAUUAUUCUUCGAGAUCCACCCCUGGGUGAACUGGGACGCUAUACUGGGAGAAUGUCUCGUGGGGAUACUCGUCUCCGAGAACGAGUCGGAUAAUAAGCUAGAUGCGAUGGAUUAA